AUCAACAAACAAAACCACGAGAUCGGUGCGCUUGCGGAAGACAAAAAUUAUCCUGCUUAAAAUUUAAUUAUUCUGCUAAAAAUCAAGCAAUUUAAUAUCUCAAGAUGCUUCAGGGUAUUCGUUUAAAUCUCAACCGGUUAUAUAAGAGAUCCCACAGUUUGCGGUUGAUUGUAAACAGUGAUUUCUGCUCGGAUUCUGGCCAGCGGGAUGAUGGUGGAAACGAAAAGAAAAUUCCGUCGAAGCCAGAAAAGCAAGUUGAUAAGUCUGAUCGCAAAUCUACAGCCACCAUGAACCGUUUAAAUGAAUUGCUAUCGAUGAUGAGUACUAAUACUGAGGUUAAGCUGAUAAAAAAGGUACAAAUAGCGAAGCCUCAAAGUAAUCGAAGAGAAAGAAGUAAAGAGUCGAAGGAGAAAAGUUCCAAAAAAGAAGAUUCAGAUUCGGACGACGAAAAACCGGCCAAUUUAGAAAAAGCAACGCGACAGGUAGCCGUUUCACUCGGAGGCGAUGCAAAGAAGACCGAAGCUGAGCUAUUAGCGAAGUUGUUAGGGAGGUCAGAAGCUGGUGGUGAUAGUUUGAGUGACAUCAUCACUGGCAUGCAGGUUGAUAAAGAUGGUUCUAAGCAGCGUGAAGAUAUUCAACUAACGAGGAGCAGCGUAGUACGGAAGUCAAUUGAGAGAAAAGCUAUGAAAGAGCAUCCAGGAACCGCCCGCGAGCGGAAGCGACCCACGGUAAUGGUACAACGGACUGGAGCUAGUGUCAAACUAUUUGGGGAAGAGCCAUUGAACAUUUUUACAGAUCCAACUACACUCGAGGAUAGUCCGGAUAUGUUGAAAACGUGGAAAAAGCUUCAGGAUCGGGAGCUUCGUUUGGCUGUAGCCCAUCCACCGGCGAAUCAUUUCCAAAAAAUGGCACUGUGGACCGAGCAGGGUAAGCUAUGGAAAUUCCCAAUCAACAACGAGCAGGGAUUGGAAGAGGAAGCGAAAGUUUCCUUCACGGAUCACAUUUUCCUCGAGGAACACCUGGAAGGAUGGUGUCCUCAGCGGGGUCCCAUCAGACACUUUAUGGAACUGGUGUGUGUUGGUCUUUCGAAAAAUUAUUUCAUUUCUGCGCAGGAGAAGAAAGAGCAUAUUCUUUGGUUCCGAGAUUAUUUUGAGCAGAAGAAGGAUUUGUUACAGCAGGUCAUCGUGCAACAGUCUGAAGCGAGUGAAAAGCAAAUCGAAAAGUAAAUUGAUUGACAUGUCGGUGAUAGUAAAGCAUUAAUUUAAUAUUUCAAAUUCACAUAGAA